AUGGACUUCGACGACUGGUCCGAUCUCAGCGACCUCACCAGCUCGGACGAGGAGGAAUACAAACCUAAAGGGAAGGCGAAGACCUCGAAGAAACAGGAAUAUGUUGUACACGGCGCGCUGCGCCCGCCGCGGACCGUUCAGUACACCGCCAAGUCUCUUUAUGAUCAGAUCAUGGACGGCUCGAUCGACUUGGAUCCAGAGUACCAACGAGACGUAGUAUGGACUGAAAACAAACAAUCCGGACUCAUCGACUCCAUUCUUCGCAAUUACUACAUUCCCCCCAUCAUCUUCGCCGUCACGUCUUCGGGGGAUGGUACGGAGUCGCGAGUCUGCAUCGACGGGAAACAACGCUUAACCUCCAUACAGAGAUUGACCGGCACGAAACGUUGGUACAAGCAGAUCGGGAGAACGAAGCGCAUGUUGUUGCCCAAGCAAUAUAUCACCAAGUUCGCCAAUAAGCAGAUUGUAUGCGUUGAAUACGACGGGCUCGAUGGGGAUCAAGAGCGGGAGAUCUUCCAGCGGGUCCAACUCGGCGUUGCAUUGACCCCCGCCGAACGGAUGCAAGCCAUCACAGGUCCAUGGGCCUCGUUCGCCCGAGAACUCCAGAACCAGAUCCGCCAGCCCGCCCCGGACGGGUUCGGCGACUCCCUGAAGUGGAGUAGCGAGCGUGGCCGAGACUUCCAAUGCAUCUGCACCGUGCUCUCCCUCGCGGAAAGUUGGCCGGCCCAGGGCAAAGUCGACUCCUCGAACCUCGAGAAGCUGCUGGAGCGGCGCACGGACCCGCCCGCCAAGCUCCGGGCGGAGGUCACGGACUCGUUCAAGAUCUUUUCUGCGAUCGUCGCCGACAAGAAGUUUGCCUCGGCGUUUAAGAAGCGACUCUCGCCCGUCGAGUUUACGAUGACCGUGAUCCUCAUCUACGUCCACCGCAAGAAGCUGUCGAUCACUCAGCUCGCAUCGGCGAUCGACAGCAUGCGGAAGGACGUCUGGUCCAAGUACGAGAGGUUUGUACGGCAGAACCAGAUGAUUGUGAAGCAUAUGUCUACCUUCAUCAAGAAGAUUCAGGACAUCGAGCUGCGCAGCGACGGCCAAGGCGAUACGCCCGCCGCUAAGCGUCCUACGAAUGCGAAUGCGGUUGCUAGUACCAAACGCAGGCGGGUGACCCUGGAGUCCGAAGAUGAAGAAGAGGAAGUUGUGAAGCCCCUCAAAGAGCCUCCACCUGCCAAGAACACCACCAAAGCUAUACCCAAAGCCCGGAAAUCUGUCAAGGAAGCUUCGACUAGCGCGAGCACAUCCAGGGUAACAAUCGUGCCGAAGGCUGAGCGUGUUUCUCCCAAGAUUCCACCUGAACCCAAGGCCUCAAAACCCCAAAGGGCUGUCCGGACAGGUGGGCCACCUGUGAAGGCUCCACCAGCUUCCGCUCCGCCAACUCCCGGCCCCUCUCACUCCGCUCCUGUCGACGAGCCCAUGGACCUAUCGACUCCGGUAGAGGAGCAGCCACCGGGCCUCCAGCAGUGGGCCAGCACCGUACCCACCGCGCAACCUCCGCCGAUUCAGACCAAGAUCGAGGACAUCAAGCGGAACGCCGAUUUACCUACGCCGAGCCCCUCCCUGACGCCACAGCCAGGAGACAGGUCCAUUUUACCUCCAAGUUUAACCCGGUUAGCUGAUCCUGCGAGGCCUCCUGCCUCGUCUUCUGCGCUCAACUCUCCUAACACGACGACGGACCCAAGACGCCGCCCGCCGGGACACAACGGACCGCCGCAAUCGUCCCCGAGCAUACCCCCGCCUCAAUCUGCCUCCGCUCCUCCCGUGGUCGUUAAACAGGAGCCGAUGUCCGAAGCCGACAUGCAAGCCCGUCUGAACAACAUACUGAUGGGCGCGAAUCUGUGGACGCAAGCUUACCAAGCUUCCCAAGGCAUAUUCCCCGGCACCCCAGUAAGCUAUGGGCAUAAUGUCCAGACAACGCAGCCAACCCCGCAUCUGCAGAACACUCCCGGCAUGUUCCCAGGUUUCUCUGCCAUGAACCUCAACACCCCCCCGACACAGGGCAUGUAUCCACAACAAGGUCCACCUCAACCUGGCAUGUUCGCCACUCAAGGGCCGCCUCCACCCGGCAUGCGUCAACCUCAACGACCGCUACCGGGGCCACCACCGAACCAACCUCCAUCCACGCCGUCGCGCAUCCGGCCGACCUGGGGACCAGGUGCUCAGGCACCUCCCCCUGUACAUCCGCCAGCACCAGCACCAGCACCAGCACCAGUGCCCCCGGACCCGCACCCCCAGGGUCCGGCAGCCCCCACACCCGGGUCGGCCCCGCCGUUCUCGCCGUCUGCAGCGCAACACCCACCUGCGUCCGCGUCCGCGUCCUCGACCCGGACCGCAUUCACGGAUCGUGACCGGGACGUGUCGAUGCCGUACGACGGGCCCGAUCGGUACGGCGACGACAGGCGGCGCGAGCCCCGACGCGAUUACAGCGCUGGCAGCCGCGGAUACGACCCGCCGCGGGCGCCCAGGAUGAGCAGCAGCACCUCCCGAGAGCGGGAUUUGGACAGGGACUGGCACCGCCGGAGCAGCUACGGCAACCGCGACUACGACCGCGAUUAUGACCGGGACAGGGACCGCGACUACGACCGAGAUCGGGACCGCGACUACGAGCGCGGCCGCGGCCGCGGACAAGGGUAUAGUGGCUCCAGAGACCGAGGGCGUGACUGGAGGCGAUGA